GCGAUUUCGCUCGCGGGCUGCCUGGGCUGUGGUGAGGGACGGGGAGCCAUGCCGGUGGAGAACAGCAGCGGCGGCGGCCAUUCGGCCAGCGGGAGCGACUCGGGGCUCUUGGAGGGAGAAGAAAGCGAAGGAAUGGGAGCCUCCGUGAUCACGCAGACCAUGCAGCAGGAGGAGGAGCAGCUGGAGGCUGAAGGGAUGGAGGAGGAGAGGCAGAUCAUGGAGAAGGCUCGCAUGUCCUGGGACAGAGACUCAAGUGAAAUGCGCUAUAAGAGGCUUCAGCACUUGCUUGAAAAAAGCAAUAUCUACUCAAAGUUCUUGCUGACCAAAAUGGAACAGCAGCAGCUGGAGGAGCAACGAAAAAAAGAAAAACUAGAAAAAAAAGAAUUGUUAAAAACUGCAAAGAAUGAAAAACUUACUGGUGAAAAAGAAGGCAAACGGGCUGCAAGAAAGAGAGCCAGAGAAGAUGGAAUGUACAAUAUUUCUGAUGUCAUGUCUAAGGAGGAAAUCUUGUCAGCUGCCAAAAAAAGUAAAGUUGAAGAGAAUCAGAAUGAAAGCUCUUCUCUGAAACUGGUUGCAGAAGAAUUCCAGAAUAACGGGGAUGCAAAUAGCAUUAUUAAGGACAGGUUGGCACAGGCAAUGCGUCACAGUGCCAAACAUUUCAUUGACCCAGUACGAAAGUUUAAUGGUCAGCCAGUACCUUUUCAGCAGCCAAAGCUCUUCACUGGAGGAAUAAUGAGAUGGUAUCAAGUGGAAGGCAUGGAAUGGCUGAGGAUGCUCUGGGAGAACGGCAUUAAUGGUAUUUUGGCUGAUGAAAUGGGUUUAGGAAAGACAAUCCAGUGUAUUGCCGCUAUAGCCUUGAUGGUAGAGAGGGGAGUCACUGGACCAUUCCUGGUGUGCGGGCCUCUGUCUACGCUUCCUAACUGGAUGGCAGAAUUCAAAAGAUUUGCUCCUGAGGUUCCUAUCAUGUUGUAUCAUGGCACCCAGCAAGAACGACGGACGCGGGUUCAUAAAAUUCGGAAGAAGCAUGGUUCUCUGAACGUUCAUCCUGUGGUUAUUACUUCUUUUGAAAUAGCCAUGAGGGACAGGCAUGCUCUGCAGAACUUCUACUGGAAGUACUUGGUUGUGGAUGAGGGGCACAGGAUUAAGAAUAUGAAUUGUCGUCUUAUCAAGGAAUUAAAACAGUUUAGGACAGACAAUAAGCUACUGUUAACUGGCACCCCUCUGCAAAACAAUUUAUCUGAGCUCUGGUCCCUCCUGAACUUCCUGCUGCCUGAUGUGUUUGAUGAUUUGAGAAGCUUUGAGUCCUGGUUUGAUAUUACCAGUAUUUCUGAAACCGCUGAGGAUAUUGUUGCUAAAGAGAGAGAGCAGAAUAUCUUGCACAUGCUACACCAGAUUUUGACCCCUUUCUUACUGAGAAGACUGAAAUCAGAUGUUGCUUUAGAAGUUCCUCCCAAGCGUGAAGUCGUAGUCUAUGCACCUCUUGUAAAGAAACAAGAAACUUUCUACACCGCUAUUGUAAACAAGACAAUUCGGAAGCUGCUGGGGGAUGACCAGGAACAAGCAGUUGACUUGAACUACGAAGGCAGACCAAAGCGUCGAAGUCGUAAGCUGGUUAACUAUCGUGAACUCGGUGAAGAGGAUUUCCCUGACAAAUUGGAAAUACUAAUCAGCAAAAAUCAAGAGGAUGUUGAAAAAGAGAGGCCUGUGAUAGAAAUGAACAUGCCUCUGGAUUCAGAAAUCAACCUGAAGUUGCAGAACGUUAUGAUGGUGCUUAGGAAGUGCUGCAACCACCCAUACCUUAUUGAAUACCCGCUGGACCCUGCAACACAGCAGUUUAAGAUCGAUGAGGAUCUAGUGAAGAAUUCGGGCAAAUUCCUGCUCCUGGAUCGCAUGUUGCCAGAACUAAAGAAGCGAGGGCACAAGGUGUUGGUAUUCUCGCAGAUGACCAAAAUGCUGGACAUCUUGAUGGACUACUGCUAUCUGAGGGACUACCAGUUCAGCCGCUUGGAUGGAUCCAUGUCCUACGCAGAGAGAGAAGAAAAUAUGCGCAACUUUAACAAAGAUCCAGAAGUUUUCAUCUUCCUGGUGAGCACACGGGCCGGAGGCCUUGGCAUUAAUUUGACGGCUGCUGAUACAGUCAUCAUUUAUGACAGUGACUGGAAUCCUCAAUCUGAUAUUCAGGCCCAGGACCGCUGUCACCGGAUUGGCCAGACAAAGCCGGUGGUUGUGUAUCGUUUUGUAACUGCAAACACCAUCGAUCAGAAGAUUGUGGAGAGGGCUGCUGCCAAGAGGAAGUUGGAGAAACUGGUCAUCCACAAAAAUCAGUUUAAAGGGGGCAGAUUUGGAGUGAACCAGUCAAAGAGCUCCAUAGAUCCCAAGGAAUUAAUGGAGCUGCUGCAGUCCAGGGACUAUGACAGGGAAGUUAAAGGAUCUACAGAGAAAGUAAUAUCUGACAAAGAUUUAGAGCUACUACUGGAUAGAAGUGACCUUAUUGAUCAAAUGAAAAUGUCUGCACCGCUUAAAGAAAAAAUGGGAGUUUUCAAGGUAUUGGAAACUGCGGAAGACGCUGGCACAGAAAGCAUAUUUUGAAAUAGGAGGCCUUGCACUCAGAGAACAUGUCCUCCUAACCUGAACUUAAAACAUUGCAGAGAUGGACACGUGAUGGUUGCUUUUGGCUUUCCGCUGUCAAAAGUUUGGCUCCAAUUAUAGUAUUCUCGAGAUAAUGGAAGACUGUAAAAUGUAAUGUUGCUAAAUUUGUAUAUGUGAUUAGUGGCAUUUGGGGGGGGGGUUCUUGAUAAAUAACUGACAUGAUUUUUCUGGCUCUCGUAGCACCCGUUAAGCUGCUGAAUUUGUACAGUUUCCUGUGGAAGUCUUACUAGAAAAGAUUUUGCUUUUUAAACGGUGUUUUAAUUCCUUUUGACAGUGCAUUGCAGACAGAAGAAUGUUCUGUGUGCUUGUUUACAAGACUUGACUUUAGUUUUUGGUAACUUUAAACAGAACUUAUUUGAAUUAGGCUUAAAGGUAUUAAUUUUAGUUUUGAAGUGUGUCUGCGGCAGAGUUCGUUACAGAUCUGUAGUUCAGUAGUGUUUGUGGUGUUUUUUUUAGUCUGGAUUUUGGUGGGGUUUAUUUUUCUCUUCUAACACUUAAGAACCACAGGGUCCUGAAGCUACCAGGACUCUGCACCAGUCAUUCAGUCAAGUUUGGCUUUUCCUUCCACAGCACUGUGAGGUCUUGACUGUGUUAGUUGCUUGACAUCCAUUUUGGUUCUGGUGUGAUAUGCAAAGCAAUAAAGAUGA